UUACCAUUAUUCAUUCUAUGUUUAAUUUAAGAAAAGUAAACAGAAGUUUACUGAAUGCAAGCUAAUAUCAUUUAUUCAAUGAUCUGAUUGCUUCAAGAUAUCGGCGUUAAACCAAGCAGACAAACGGGGACGAAGAACUACACAAGGACGUGAAAUGAAGACUUUUAUCGCGAUUGCCAUAUGGUGUAUUUUGGAGGCGUGCAAUGGACAGUCCCCUUGCCUCACUGAAAGCAACAAUGACAAGCUUUGCGCUGAAAUGCAGCAGUUGGGCAGUUCGCUGUAUGAUGACAUGCUUGACAUUGACAGCAAUGUCCAAGAUGCAAUCUACCGGAGUAUUGAGGAAGGAGGCAAAUUGUUGUCAUCAGCAGUUCAAUUUCUCAAGUCAGAGCUUGUGAAUGUGAAGGCUUCGACAAGCAAUGCUCCCAUCGAAGGUGCUUCUUUGGCAAACUUGAAGUCUCAAAUAGAAACUGCUGCAAAAGCGGCGGUUAAAACAGCAAACGAAGAGAUUUUGAAGGAAAUGAAAAAUGUUAUUGGAAGAGUUGAGCAAGAUAGUGCCUUCGCGAAUGCUGUAGCAACAAAUCUUGGUUUUGUGUUCACAUCUAAGAGGAAAAGAAGAAGUGUAAGCAGCACUGCCGACUUGGGCAACAGUGUUGAUGGCAUCGUCCAACAAUCUCUUUCUGCUUUGAAUGACACUAUAAAGAAAGCUGACUUGAAAAUGCAAGCUGCCUUUAAGAGUGUUCUCAUUGCCUUCACUCAGAGUAUCAAAAAUCUGUUAUCUGGAAAAGUGCAACUAGAUUUUGAUCAAAUCAGCCUCAAUAUGAACAAAAUGCUUGAAGAUGCAGCUGUUUUGCUGGUAGAAUCCAGCCUCGUACGAAUCAAGCAAGUGAUCACUCAGUCAGUUCGGCACUUCCAGCAAAUUAUUGAACUUGCUAAAGAUUACAAGUCGGAUACAACCAAGCUGCGAAACAUCUUGGAACCCGCAAGAACCAGGGUCUUGGACGCUCUUACAAAGACACGGGAAACCUCAGACGAGGCUGGAUUGUUGAGUAGAAUUGACGCUGCGGUGGAGACAACCCGUAAAUAUUAUAUGGAGAUCAAAGCUUUGGUGUCGUAAGUUGCCAUGGCACGCAAAAUGGUGGAACAAAGUGCAAUGCUGUAUCGAAAAGGAUUUAAUAAUAUGGUUCUAUUUUUAUGGAUAUAUCCCAUAUACAUGUUUAGUUGAAAACCUAAAAU